CAUGUUUGCAUUGUUGGGGUCAUCUCACUGAUCAUCGCCAUUGUUGCAAAGAACACAAAGAUGAGCAGUCUCCACCUUCUCUUCCUUCUCCUGGUGCUCUCUCUCUGCAUUUCUCGUCGUCUUCUCCCCAAGCUCAAUCUCUUCGCUAUUUCCAUGAAGUGGGUCUGGGAUUUCCUUUUUCCGAAACGCCGGACAACCGACACUUUAUUGCCGGAGAACGGAGGCGGAGAGCUCAGCAUCAAGCGCUACGAGGCCGGAGAAGCCGCGGAAUGCGCGGUUUGCCUCUGCAAGAUCGACGCCGGAGAAGAGAUCAGAGAGCUGAGGUGCGCCCAUCUCUUCCACAGGGACUGCUUGGACAGAUGGGUCGGCUACAGGCACCGGACAUGUCCGCUCUGCCGCGGCUGUCUGGCGCCGGGGAGGCGCGCCACCGAGCUCGGAGAGGAAGUCUUGUUUUUCAAGUUCUGCGACUUCGGUUCAAGUUCCGGUCGGAGUUCAUGGUGGCUCCGGUGAGUAGUAGCCGGAGUUUACGCCGUCAUUGGACUGUCUUGGGUUGGAACUUUCCAUACCCUCAAUAUGGACAUUUAAUUUAAUUAUAAGUGUCUGAU